AUGUCUGAAGGAAACGACGAUGAUCCGGUGCAAACAAGCACCGAACAAAUGAAGGAGAUGAUUGCCGAGGAAGUAGGGAAGGCAAUUGAAGGUAGCCUAUCUGGGUUUAUAGACAAAAUUCAAAGCACGGUGUUGUCGCUUGUCAAAGAAUGGUUGGGCGACAUCGAAGGAGUGUUUGAAAGGACCCAUUGUGAUGAAAGCGACUUUGUUGCUUACGGAACGGGUCAGUUGAGAGGUCAAGCCAAAGAUUGGUGGGACAAUAAAAAGAAUGAAAUAGGAGCCGAAGCGGCGAAAACCAUGACAUGGGAAGAGUUUAAGACGCCGUUUCUUAAACAUCAUAGCCCCAAGGCGGUCAUUAAUAAAAUCAAGGAAGAGUUCAUGCAACUGAGGCAUAAGGGCAAGACCAUAGACAAGAUCACGGCAAUGUUUAUGGACAAAAUGAAGUUUAGUAGUGAGUUGGUGACGAAUGAAGAACAGAAAAUAUACUACUACUAUAACAUAUUGAGCGCUGAAUAUAGGGAGUUUAUGACUCCUUCAAAAUACGAGACCCUUACCGAAAUCAUAAACGUUGCUCGGGAAAGAGAAAUUGAGUUGAAGAAACAAGUUGAAAGAGGUGAGCGAAGGGCGCAAGAUGUGAACCCAAGCCCUACAAAGAAAGCCCGAACUGGAGAGUCGGGAAAGAAAGCGGAUGUUAAAGGCGGGUCGCCAAGUUGCAAGGUAUGUGGAAAGGGGCACAAAGAUGAGUGCCGCUUCAAAGAUAAGCCGUGUCCGAUAUGUGGGAAGACGGGGCACACCGCAUCGCUAUGUCCCGGAAAAGUUUCCGUCUGUUACAAAUGUUAUCAACCCGGUCAUAAAAAGUCUGAAUGCCCCGAGUUGGUUGGAAAGAGAGACACAAAAGAGUCUCCAACGGAAGCUCCAAAAGUGAAGGCUAGGUCCUUCCAACUUACAGCGGCUGAAGCAAAAGCAGAACCCAAUGUGGUCUCAGGUGUGGAAUCAACUAUUGAUAUGUUGAUUCUAUUUUGUGGUGGUGCAUUUUGUGGUGGUGCAGUUUGUGGUGGUGCGGUUUGUGGUGGUGCGGUUUGUGGUGGUGGCGACUGA